AUUUCCUAGUGUCUUCUCUCACACCAGUUGGGGUGGAUUUCUGCACUUACUGGUCUUACUGGUCCUCUGCUUUCUACUCACUGCUACCAGUAUGGCCUGCCUAUUUCUGUAGAACCAACAACUUUUGCCGGACAUGAAGACUCUUCCCAUUUCACUGCCCCAUUUUCCUUUUAUCUGCUUCAUCCUCGUAGUUUUGGUCCAUCUUUCUCUGUGUUUAGGUGAUAAGAACAAUCUGUCCACUGCCUGUGGUGCUCUGUUCAACUGCGGUAACAUCACCGGAGUCGAUUACCCUUUCCGGGGAAGUGAUCAACCAAAAGAAUGCGGCCAUCCCGGAUUGGAGCUUCACUGUGUGGAUAAUAUUGUUAAGAUAGAGAUCAGGAAAGUGAAAUACCGUGUUUUGGCAAUCAAACAGGACACCUGGACACUUACAUUAACCCGAGAUGAUUUCACUGGAGACAUUUGUAUACAAGAAUUUGUCAACACAACACUUGAUUACACACUUUUCGAUUAUGCUUCGGGUUAUGAGAAUCUAACACUGUUUUAUGGUUGUCCACCACUUGGUAUCCCCAUCCCCUGGCAAUUCACUUGUCCAGUAAAUGGGACCUCCUAUAAGAAUGGCUUUUUCGAGCUGGGGGCUCAAGGUCCCGGGACUUGUCAGGUUAGUGUCAUCGUACCAAUUCGGACCUCAUUUUUUUAUGAAAUCGGGGUUUCUUUUAGUCCGUAUCAUGUGAUUGAAGAAGGAUUUGAAGUGACAUGGAAGGUGGAUAGUGAGGCAUGCAAUGGAUGCAGAAACUCGGGUGGGCGAUGUGGAUAUGAUCUCAAUAUGAACAAAUUUUCUUGCUUUUGCCCAAACCAGUUCUCCGGGAACCCGACAUGCAAUAGUUCACCGGAGCAUGGAGAGAGCUCGUUGCAAGCAUCUCCAACUGUGUCUCCAGUUGCAUCAGGUAUGUUACUUGGAGAGAAAUACUUACAAGCAUUUUCUUUGAUUUCUAUUAUUUCUUAGAUCAACAAUUAAGUAAAACACAAUACCAAUGACCAAGACUCCCAACAACCAUGAAUAUGUGCUUUUGUGUGUACGCAAGAGUUUGUGACAAUUUCAUACAUGACAUGUCAAUAUGACACAAACUGAAGGGAAAAUUAAUGUGUUUGGAUUGACUAACUAUCGAUAUGAAAUUGAACAUGCACGACACAAUUUACUAACUGAACAUGCACGACAUUACUAACUUUUUGGGCACUAAACUUGUUUAACAGAUAUUAUAUUAAAUGUCUAAUUGGUGUUUUAGCUUGUUGUCGUUUCAUGGUUGAUAUAAUAUGAAUUGUGGUUUGAUUAACUUCUUUUUAUUUACUUGGUUUUGCUGUGAACAAGUGAAUUUUUAGUUUAUAUGGGCAUAUUGGUGUUGGGUUUGGUUUACAGAGAAAAGGAUCCCAAUCUUGGGUUUUUAGUAUGCUGACUAAUGUUAGAUAAUU